AUGGCGGCGGGGGCGAGCGGCGGCCGCGGCGGCCUGCUGCCCUUCCUGCGGCUGCUGGGGCAGCUGAAGAGAGUACCGCGGACGGGAUGGGUGUACAGGAACGUGGCGAAGCCAGAGAGCGUAUCCGAUCAUAUGUACAGGAUGGCGAUGAUGGCUUUGGUGACCGAAGACAAAAGCCUUAACAAGGACAGAUGCAUGCGAUUAGCUUUGGUUCAUGAUAUGGCUGAAUGCAUUGUUGGAGAUAUUGCUCCUGCAGAUAAUAUCUCAAAAGAGGAGAAACACAGGAGAGAAGAGGCAGCUAUGCAACAACUGACCCAGCUUCUGUCAGAGGACCUCAGAAAAGAAAUAUAUGAACUCUGGGAAGAAUAUGAAAACCAGUGUACUGCAGAAGCCAAGUUUGUAAAACAGUUGGAUCAGUGCGAGAUGAUACUGCAAGCAUUUGAGUACGAAGAGUUGGAAAACACACCUGGCAGACUGCAGGAUUUUUACGAUUCAACUGCUGGAAAGUUUGUUCACCCAGAAAUACUCCAGCUUGUGUCUUUGAUUAACACAGAAAGGAAUAAAAAAUUAGCUGCUACAUCUCAUCCACACUCCUGAGGUGUUCCUAAAUGCUGUAGCUAUAAUAAA